UGGAAUUGACUGAUGCAUAACCGGGACAAUUCUCGGCGUGGCGAGUGUCGCGUAAUCCUUAGAUUUAGGAUUUAAAGCAGAAAUUCCUAUCAAAGAGGUGAAAAUUAACUCUGCAAAGCCCACUUUGAUCGAUUGACCAAGGGAAACUCAAAGAAAGAGGAUAUUUCCACAUUUGAUUAUUCAAUAAGGAUUAUGAAUAAUCAUGUAGGGUCAACUUUGACUCGGACUACAGGACAACGUUUUCGCAUAUAAACGCUCGAUAAAGUUGCCUCAGGGGCAGGGUUGUCUCGGGCACCCAAGACCAAUAUAACUGGGGGCAUUCAAAAGCGACGAACUGGAGUAAUUAUAAGUGUCUUUGUCUGUUUACACGUGCAAAUUAAAUUGAGCCUAGCGUGACAAAGCCAUCACCACUUAACAGUUUCAAUCAGUGGUGCAAUACACGAAAGUGACGGCAAUGCGCUGUUUACGCCACUGUUCGCCCGCAGAUAAGUAAUUUAUUUACCUGUCAAGUGCUGAUCAGCCAGUACCUAGAAGUUGUUUUGCAACUAAACGCAGAUGGGCAAUACACGAAUAUUUGAGACGCUGAAUCACUGCGACAUGUCAGAGGAUUCUAUCGCGGAUCAUCAACAGAGCAGGCGCAUUGCGAAGGAGCCUCAGCCUGAUUCCUGUUGGUCCUGGGUUGUGUGUUUGGCCUGCGCUCUCACCAAUAUUAUUAUCUGCGGUGUUGUUUUCAGUUACGGAAUCAUAUUUCCUACUCUUUUGGAGGAAUUUCAGCAAGGAAAGGCCACAACCGCUUUAGCUGGGUCGUUGGCCUUGGUUGGUCAAGGUCUUUUUAGUCCGCUUGUAGCCAGAGUGUACAAUCGAGUGGGGCCUCGUACAACGACCAUAAUUGGGGUCAUUAUCUGCUCAGGGGCCCUUCUGGUGACCUCACAAGGAUCCAACAUGUACGUCAUCUUAGUAACGUACGGAGGCUUCUUUGGUUUUGGUUCAUGUUUUGUAUUCUUCCCUACGUAUCUGGUAAUACCUUCAUACUUCGUCAAAAGACGUUCGUUUGCAUUGGGGCUUCUUGCUAUGGGCCCUGGAGGAGGCUUGUUCGUAAUAAGCUCCAUCGUGGAGGCCCUUCUUAAUGUGCUCCAUUGGAGACGGACGUUCAUGAUCCUGGCUGGGUUGGUGGUGGUCAUCAUUCCCCUUGUGUGUACUAUUCGACGUGUUCCAAAUGUGGAGGAACAGUCAGCGAGCAAUGGCGUUGAGCAAAAAGGCACAUGUUGUGAACGAACGCUUUCACCCUUCAGAAACAAGCGCUUUGACGUCAUUACGCUGUCAAUGGGCUUGUAUUACGCUGUACACUAUAUCCCGCUAGUCCACAUGGUAAGUGUUCUUUAG